AUGAAGGCAGUUAUCUACAACGGCAGCACAAGUAUCUCGGUUGAGGAUCGCGCUAAACCGUCUAUUCUUGAGCCCACGGACGCCAUCGUCAAGGCUCUUCACACCACGAUCUGCGGGACGGACCUGCACAUCCUUCAGGGCCAUGUUCCAACCUGCACGCCUGGACGGAUUCUUGGCCAUGAAGGAGUAGGUACUAUUGAUUCUGUUGGAGCAGCCGUCGACAACUUCAGUGUUGGACAACUUGUUCUCAUUUCGUGUAUCACGUCUUGCGGGACAUGCCACUACUGCCGCCGAAGGAUGCCCUCCCAAUGCCUGUCUGGUGGAUGGAUUCUGGGCAAUAAAACUGAUGGCACGCAGGCGGAGUAUGUUCGGACGCCCCACGCUGCAUUCUCUCUGCACGCCGUCCCCGAAAGCAUGGAUCCAAAGGUGGCGGUCACCCUGUCCGACGUCGUCCCUACUUCGUAUGAAUGUGGUAUCCUUAACGGGCAGAUCCAGCCGGGCGCCAGCGUUGCCAUCAUUGGAACAGGUCCUAUCGGGCUUAUGAUACUGCAGAUGGUGCAAGGUCUCUUUGGCCCUGCCAUCACGGUGAUGGUGGGCCGCGGACAACCAAGACUCGACACGGCCAAAUCCAUGGGGCGCGACGCAUACACUGAGUCUGUUAUUUCCUCUGCUCUUGAAUUAACCGAGAAACGCGGGUUCGACGUGGUGAUCGAAGCGGUGGGCACGGACGACUCGUUUGAACUUGCUCAGAGCCUGGUAGGCGCCGGGGGUACUAUUGCCAGCCUUGGUGUCUUUGGCAAACCCUGCAAUCUGCAUUUGGACAAGCUGUGGAAUCGUAACAUCUGCUUGCGAACCCGACUUGUCGACGCUGUCAGUACGCCGGAUUUGAUAAGGAUCAUCGAGUCAGGGGCGAUCAACCCUAGCUUCCUUGUCUCUCACAACUUCUCAUUCGAUGAAAUCGAGAAAGCGUAUGAGUCCUUCGAGAUGUCCUCCAAGCAUGGUACCCUCAAGGUCGCCGUCAACCUGUCUGCUUCCGAAUCGUCUCAAAUACUAUGUGCUUCUUGCUAG